AUACAGAAAAGUCGUGUGUUGCGCAAAAAUUUAUAGAAAUAUUGUUUAAAAUUAGUUAAAAUUCGUGUAAAAUCGAAAAGCAACCACAAUUAUUAAUUAGCUGUUAUUAGUUAUUAAACUUAAAGUGUUUUUCGAACGAAAAUCGUUGGCCAUUUAAAGUGAAAAAUAAGCAAGUGCGUGUGUUCUAGCGAAUAGAAGACAGCAGUGUAUUUUUAUUGAUUUUCCGGUUGUAUUUAUAAAACAUCAAAGUGGAUACUGUAAAGAUUGAAGAUUUGGUAGACUCCGAUCCCGAUAUCGAGUUUAUCGAAAAAGAUAGCGGCAUGUCUUCACUGGGCGGUAGCAAAGAUGAAACACCUGAACGGAAGACCACCACGGUAGCCACUACAAAUGAUAAAGAUAACAGAAAUGAAGAAAACUACGAUGAUGAACCCGAUGAGACCUUGGGUGAACGCCUUUUGGGUUUAACCGAAAUGUUCCCACAGCCUGUGCGUGAUUUCAGUAGUUUUUUGGUGGAUGGCACCAUUAGCAGUGUCAAGGGUCUCUACAAAUUCACUUGCAAUGCAUCAUGGAUAUUCUUUACCAGUUCGGUGAUUUUAUUUGCUCCAGUCGUCUUCGAAACAGAACGUGCCCAAAUGGAGGAAAUGCAAAAAACACAACAGAAACAGGUAUUAUUAGGACCCGGUUCUGCGAUGUCAGCUGUUGGUGCACCACCAGAAUUGCCAUUAAUACGAUAAGCUUAUUCUGUAAACAAACACUCUAUACUAUAGAAACAAAUAAAACAAAGAAAAUUUAUUAAUUAAUAAAAAUCAAAAACUAAAUAA